GGAGCUGUGUGGGAGGUCACAGUAAGAGGCGACAAGGCUGAGGAUCCCCACAGGACACAAUGGACAAGUUUCGGAUGAUCUUCCAGUUCUUGCAGUCCAACCAAGAGUCCUUCAUGAGCGGCAUCUGCGGCAUCAUGGCCCUGGCCAGUGCCCAGAUGUACUCUGCCUUUGACUUUAACUGUCCCUGCUUGCCUGGUUACAAUGUGGUCUACAGCAUGGGCAUACUGCUGACGCCGCCCCUGGUGCUCUUCCUGCUUGGCCUGGUCAUGAACAACAACAUAUCCAUGCUAGCCGAAGAGUGGAAACGCCCCCCGGGUCGCCGGGCCAAGGACCCGGCUGUGCUUCGCUACAUGUUCUGUUCCAUGGCCCAGCGAGCUCUCAUUGCCCCCGUGGUCUGGGUGGCCGUCACACUGCUGGAUGGCAAGUGCUUUCUCUGUGCUUUCUGCACAGCUGUGCCAGUGGCCACACUAGGCAACGGCAGCCUGGUGCCGGGCCUGCCUGCUCCGGAGCUUGCCCGCCUGCUGGCUCGUGUGCCCUGCCCUGAGAUCUAUGAUGGGAACUGGCUGCUGGCCCGAGAGGUGGCCGUGCGGUAUUUGCGCUGUAUCUCUCAGGCGCUGGGCUGGUCCUUCGUGCUGCUGACCACAUUGCUGGCGUUCGUGGUCCGCUCUGUGCGGCCCUGCUUCACGCAGGUUGCCUUUCUCAAGAGCAAGUACUGGUCCCACUACAUAGACAUUGAACGCAAGCUCUUCGACGAGACAUGCACAGAGCACGCCAAAGCCUUUGCUAAGGUAUGCAUCCAGCAGUUCUUUGAAGCCAUGAACCAUGACCUGGAACUGGGUCAUACCCACGGAGUACUGGCCACAGCUACAGCCACAGCCACAGAAGCUGUCCAAAGUCCCUCUGACAGGACAGAGGAAGAGAGGGAGAAACUGCGUGGCAUCACGGACCAAGGCACCAUGAACAGGCUACUCACAAGCUGGCACAAAUGCAAACCACCACUGAGGGUGGGCCAGGAAGCACCACUGAUGAGCAAUGGCCAGGCCGGGAGCGAGUCCCGGCCUCCACGCAAGGAAGUGGCCACCUACUUCAGCAAAGUGUGAGCUGUGGCUGGCUGGCUGCAGAGGCAGGCGCGGAGAUCUGAACCCAUAGCCUUUGCCCCUCGGAGAAGAACAGUAAUUCUGAGGCAUAGCCACAAAUCCAGGCGCUCACCUGCUGGUGUGGAAGAGGAAAUUCAGAGCUGAAGGACCUUGCUUGCUUAGCUGUCAUGGGGGGGCUGGAAGCAAUGCUGCCCUGUGCUCCCCUCCUGCUGUUUCAGUGCUGUGAGUGUCCCGGGUCUGGCUUAUGGGAGCAGGACACAUGGCUGGCACCCACGUUCCUUCCCAGGCCUUCUCCUGAUGCUGUUCGUCCCAUCCCUGGUUUUCUGAGGCUUAGGUCCCCAAAGCUUCAGCUGGUGUGACACAACUCAGCGACCCAUGAUGAGAUGACAAGACGGAGUGAGAGGGGCCAAGGUGUGUGUCCUGAGGCCCUGAGACAGCUGCUGAGCUAGCCGGCCUCCAUGUUUACUUCACACCAAUCCUCUCACACACGUUACAGGAAAGCAGACCAUCCAUGGAGCUAGAGAUGGAAGCCAUGAUGGAAGCUUCCUCCAAGGCUCCCUCGGAAGCCCGGCCUGAGGUGCGAUAAAGAUGAAGCCUAAGAGGAGAAGUAGCUAAGACCGUGGACUGGGAUGGGACUGGGUGAAAGGCUGACUCUACCAUGUGCAAAGUAUGUCCCUGGGCCAAGGGCUUCCUUUUUAGGGUCUCAGUUUCCUUGUUCAUGCAACAGGGAGACGGCCAUCUACCUCAUGGGUUCACCAUGCGUGAAAGCACAGGGCACAUCGUGGACAUUUGGGUCACUGUGGUUAAGAUGCUUGUCCUUUUCUGAACUCAUGGCUGCUCGCUCUCCCCUCCUCCCCCACCCUCACCCCAGACCCCAACCAAGGCACGGGAUGGGACAGAAACACUUGGCUGCUAUCUUGUCCAAGAAAAGAAAAUAGAGGUACAGAGAGUUUCUUGUCUCCUGGCACCAUCUUCCAGUCCUCGGCCUGCCUCUCUCAGAGCCCACUUUGAUCGUCAUACUUUUGGUUAAAGAUUUAUUUAUUUAUUAUAUGUAAGUACAGUGUAGCUGUCUUCAGACACUCCAGAAGAGGACAUCAGAUCUUGUUACAGAUGGUUGUGAGCCACCAUGUGCUUGCUGGAAUUUGAACUCAGGACCUUCAGAAGAGCAGUCAGUGCUCUUAACCACUGAGCCAUCUCCCCAGUCCCCCACCUUCAUAUUUUUAUCCUCUCUCAUCCACCCUCCCUCCUCUCUCAGCUGGGACCCUAGUGCCAGGGUGGCAGGGAAGAGGAAGUUGAACUUAACCCCAGCCCGGAAUAAAGGGACCAGAUGAAUACA